AUGCACACAUCCUCCCCAACGACAGACGUGCGACCGUCGCCCGCAGACACAAAACGGCCAAGAACCCCCUCGACCACCUUUGUCUCCAUCACCGAAAACCACCGGUCAGUCGCCUCGUCACCCACCUCGCCGCGCGAAAACUACGACCCAACCGUGGGCGCCAAACCCUACUCGCCGUUCUACCGCCAUGCCACGUCCACGAUGGACGGCGAACGGGUGACAAUCAAUGCUAAAGAAGUCGCCGGUGCGGGCGUGUACACCCUCACCGAGCUGGAGCGACAGUCGUCCGACGAAAGCGACAACCGGCGCGGAUCGAAGCUGUGGGCGGAGAAGAAACGGCAUUGCGACUGUAUGCGGUCGAUGCCCACUGGCCAGCGCAUCAUGAUCAAGGCCGCUAUCGCUGUGGUGACGCUGGGGAGUAUGGUGGCGAUUGCGCUGGGGAUUACGGCGGCCGUCGGGGGUGGUGUGUGGCGAUCGGAUCAUCAGCAGAGUGAUAUUGGAUGA